GCAACCCUAAUUAAUACUCAUCACAUAGAUAGAAUGCAAUAAUAUAAUUGAAGUUGAAACCAUAUAUAGGUAGUGGGGUGCUUGUAAGAUGGAAGCAUAUUUUUUCGUCACCGUACGUAUGAGGGUACGGUAGGGUGUUUUCUGGAAUACACAAAUAAGCAUAUAUCCAUCUGGGGGAUGAUGGGACUUGUCUAUCAUUGCUGUUGAUAAAUCUCAAAAUCCAUGUACGUUGUAGAAACAAUUUGAAUACAAGAUGCAUGGGAAGAACAAUAGAGAAGAUGAUGAGUGGAUAAGGAUGCCAAAUCCUAGAGUUACACUGGCUUCUACUGAAUCUUUGUCCAUACCACUUGAAAUCGUGUUCUUAGCGGACUACCGCUGCACCAUCUGCCAGCAGAGAGUGGCUCAACUCAUGUCAAAGAUGAAGGGAGAAACGAAAUCUAUAUUGGUGAGUGUGGUGGAGAAGAAGAUGACUCUAACUUGUGAAUAUUCAAAAAAAGAAGAAGAAGAAGAAGAAGCAGCUUCAAGAUUUGCUGUUCUCAUGCGCUCCUUCCUCUCUUCUUGCACCUCCUAAUUAAUUACACUCCACUCAACUCUCUACUUUUUGUUGCCCCACAUGUGCAUUUUUUUUACAAAAGAAAAAAACUGUACCUUAUUCCUCAUUCCUUUACAAAUUAAUAAAUCAUUUAAAU